ACUAGGUUUUUUUUUUGUGUGUGUGUGAUCAUUUCGUGGCCCUUCUCCCCCAAAUCUGCAUCUCCGGGCAAUCACGAAUUCACGAUCAAACCCUAAUCUCAAAUCUCGAUGGAUGCUGAACCCGAGCAUGCAUCCCCUCCGGCUCCGGGCCAGCACACUCAAGUGGCAUCGACCACCGAUUUUUACAACCUUCGCAACGUCGAUGACGCCGCAAAGGCACGGAAGAAAGAAGAGCGGAGGGCGAGAGAGGAGCACAUCCAAAACAAACGCCUACGCAUCCAAAACAGACGCCUAAGGAGGCAAUGUAAGAUAAAGGAGGCUCAAGAAGUUGUGGACAGGGCAUUCAAGCUGAGAGAAGAGAUGCUUCAGAAGAGGCUCGCAUAUGAGGCGUCGACGGAGGGCAAGGAGGAGGCGGAGAAAUACCACAGCUCCCCUCCCUGGAGCUGGAGGCCGGCAGUUCCCAUUACUGAGGUCACUAACCAGUCACCAGCUUUUGAAUGGGUUCCGUACUUUGACGUUGAUGAGUUCGGGAGAGAAUCUGUGCUCAAGUGCGCAAGUUGGAGCGUCGAGGAAUUCACACUGGAACUUGCUCAAUGUGUGGUUGGCCUUCAGUCAUUUAUAGAAGACAGGAUUUUUUUCUCUUGCUCUGGAACAGUUGUUGAGUUUCUAGAGGGUGUUGGUCAUGUGGUAACAUCUGCUAGUUUAGUUAAAUUGCCACACCAAGAUGAGAUAGCUGAUAAACUCAAGAUCAAUGUAUUCCUAGCAAGUGGAGAAAUACUCGAGGGCUCAGUAUCAAAUGUGGACUUUUGUUACAACAUAUGUGUGAUGGAAGUUCGUUCAACUUCAAUGCUGGCGACGAAAAAGUUCACUGCGGACAGUAGAAUCUUCAAUUUUAAAGAGUGCCAUUCAAAAGAUGUUGUAGCUUUAGGCCGCCUUUGUGAGCCGUGGAGCUUGAACGUUGCUUCGGGAAAGCUAAUCCCAAGAAGAAGCGAGCUUGAUUGUGAAGAACUUGUUGUUUCGUCUUGCAGGAUUUCAAAGAGAGGUAUUGGGGGUCCUCUGAUGGAUUUUGAUGGAAAUGUCAUCGGAAUGAACUUCUAUGACAGGAAAGAAACCCCUUGCAUUCCAGGUUUCAUUGUGUUGAAGUGUUUGCAGCACUUCAAUGAUUUCGGGACAGUCAUACGACCAUUGCAUGGACUGAGAGUUAAGACUCUUCACGAAGCACAGCUUACUGUACUUGAGAAGAUACAUCAUGCUUUCCCUGAGAUCUGUGGUGUGAUAGUGGAUAAGGUAGAAGUACCUUCACCUGAACACUCCGAGAUAAAGGUUGGGGACAUCAUCACUCAUGUUAAUGGCAUACCUUUCUCCAGUGCUGCAGAGUUUGGUGGUAUACUGCUUGAUACGUGUGGUCAGCAUAUGCUAGAGAGACAGAAAUUGGGCCAACCGGAGGACUAUAACCAGAUGUCAACAGUGAUAAGCCUAAAGUUCGACGUGAAAACACAGAGAGGCCGCAAAUGGGAAAAGACAACCAGAACAAUCAACGUCGACAAGUUUACUCCUAGUGGAAAGCUAAACAGGUGGCCACUUGGGAGAGCUUAUCUUCUUCGCCGUAUUGAGAAUGGAAUCCUUUACACGAAGAGCGAUAUGGCUAACAGCGAAACUCUUUGUUUCGUCCAUUUGAGUAGAAUUAAUUCGUAAUGCUAGUAUAAUUAGAAAGAGUUCGAGUUCAUGUGUGGUUGGUUGGAGACUACUUAAUUUAAACAAGCAUUUUCUGCGGGGAUAACUUCGGUCAAGUGAGCCACUGCUAGAAUGAACUACAUUAGGUUUGAAGCUAAAUCUAAUCCAAUAUCCUUUUUGCUGGAUAAAUAAUA